GAUCUUCCACUCGCCCUAAUUUCACCACGCCUUUUACCAGCCUUUCAUUGUUCUGCUACCGGGUCUUCUCCAUUCUCGGCUGCUCCCGUGAGUCUUCCAGCCCUCGAAUCUUAGCAUUCUACGCCGCUUGAGGCUCUGAUAGACCACUGAGCAUUUUUCCUGCCAUAAUGGCGGCAGCCGCGGAGCCCCGCACGCUGGAGCGCCUGUGCUCGACCAAGUUCGCGAAACACCUCAA